CUCUCACGCCUUUUCUCUCCUCCACCAUGGCCGCGAAAGCAGCGGACGGAAUUUCCAACCUGAAGUUGGACGAAAGCACAAGCAAGCAAACCAACGGCGCAGUAAAGAACGGCGUGAAGCCGACCGAAGAUGUAGACCACGAAGACUCGGACGACGAUAACGAGGCCGAGGAUGGCGCGCCUGACGCCGCCGGGGAGGGCGCGGCCAAAAAGAAAAAGAAGAGAAAGCCCAGGAAGAAGAAGAAGGGCGGUGCAGGCGGUGGUGCUCCAAAAGCGCAAACAACGCCCCCUCGCGUGCCCAUCCACGAGCUAUUCCCCAACGACACGUACCCGGAGGGCCAGAUCUGCGAGUACAGGAACGAGAAUGCGUACAGGACCACAAGCGAGGAGAAGCGGUAUCUGGAUCGCAUGAACCAGGACUUCCUGACGGAUUACAGGCGCGGCGCCGAGGUGCAUCGCCAGGUCAGGCAGUGGGCGCAGAAGUGGAUCAAGCCUGGCAUGACGCUCACGGAGAUCGCCGAGGGCAUUGAAGACUCGGUGCGCGCUCUGACUGGGCAUCAGGGUCUGGAGGAGGGGGAUGCAAUCAAAGGUGGCAUGGGCUUCCCGACCGGUCUCAGUAUCAACCACUGCGCGGCGCACUACACGCCGAAUGCGGGGAAUAAGAUGGUCGUGAACCAGGAGGACGUCAUGAAAGUUGACUUUGGCGUCCACAUCAACGGCCGCAUCGUCGAUAGCGCCUUUACCAUGACUUUCGACCCCACCUACGACAGCCUCGUCAGUGCCUGCAAGGAUGCUACGAAUGCCGGUAUUAGGGAGGCAGGCAUUGAUGUCCGCAUGAGCGACAUUGGUGCCGCCAUCCAAGAAGUCAUGGAGAGCUACGAGUGCGAGAUCAAGGGCCAGACGUACCCUGUCAAAUGUAUCCGCAACCUGAACGGUCACAGCAUUGGUCGGUAUAGCAUCCACGGAGGAAAGACUGUGCCCAUCGUCAAGGGCGGCGACCAGACAAAGAUGGAAGAGGGUGAAACCUUUGCCAUUGAGACGUUUGGUAGCACGGGUAAGGGAUAUGUUAGGGACGAUAUGGAAACAUCCCAUUAUGCAAAACGCGAGGACGCACCCCACGUCGCCCUCCGCGUGUCUUCAGCGAAGACGCUACUGAACUCCAUCACCAAGAACUUUGGCACACUGCCAUUCUGCAGACGCUACCUUGACCGCCUCGGUCAUGACAAGUACUUACUUGGCUUGAACAAUCUCGUCACCGCCGGGAUUGUGGAGGCUUAUCCGCCACUGUGCGAUGUUAAAGGCUCUUACACGGCACAGUCUGAACAUACAUUCAUCCUCCGACCUACGGUCAAGGAGGUUAUCAGUCGCGGUGAUGACUACUAGACACAGAUGAGAGACCAUGGGAUAUGAAGAUACAGG